CCCGCCCACAUUUCAAAUUACCGAAGGAAGAAGAAUACAGCUGCUGUAGCUCCUAUAUGCAUUUUGCAUUAAUAUUUUCCGCAUGUUUUCAAAGCAAUCAAAACGUGUUGCUUAAUUGGAUUAGCCCACCUGAGAGCCCCGGCUGGAGGGAACAGAUUGAGAUCCUCUCCUCUCCAGCAGCAUCAGUGGACCAUGGAUAGUGAGGGCAGAAAGGUUGUCGUCUGUGACAAUGGCACAGGGUUUGUCAAGUGUGGCUUCGCUGGCUCCAACUUCCCAGAGCAUAUCUUCCCUGCCUUGGUGGGUCGGCCCAUCAUCCGGUCAAACACCAAAGUUGGAAACAUCGAGAUUAAGGACCUGAUGGUGGGUGACGAGGCCAGUGAGUGUCGCUCCAUGCUGGAGGUGUCCUACCCCAUGGACAACGGCAUGGUGCGCUCCUGGGAAGACAUGCUACACCUGUGGGACUACACCUUCGGCCCUGAGCGCCUGGACAUCAGCCCCCCAGACUGCAAGGUGCUUCUGACGGAACCGCCCAUGAACCCCACUAAGAACCGUGAGAAGAUCGCUGAGGUCAUGUUUGAGACCUACCAGUUCCACGGCAUCUACGUCGCCAUCCAGGCCGUGCUCACUCUCUAUGCCCAGGGUUUGUUGACAGGCGUGGUUGUGGAUUCAGGGGACGGGGUGACCCAUAUAUGUCCUGUGUACGAGGGCUACUCUCUACCCCACCUCACACGCAGGCUGGACAUCGCUGGACGUGACAUCACGCGCUACCUCAUCAAGUUGCUGUUGCUGCGUGGCUAUGCCUUUAACCACUCGGCUGACUUUGAGACGGUCCGCAUGCUGAAGGAGAAGCUGUGCUACGUGGGAUACAACAUCGAGCAGGAGCAGAGACUGGCUACAGAGACAACCGUGCUGGUGGAGUCAUACAUGCUGCCUGACGGUCGUCAGGUGAUGGUGGGAGGGGAGCGGUUCGGAGCACCGGAGGCCCUCUUCCAGCCCCACCUCAUCAACGUAGAGGGUGCAGGCGUGGCUGAGCUGCUGUUCAACACCAUCCAGGCUGCUGACAUAGAUCUCAGGUCUGACUUGUACAAGCACAUUGUUCUGUCAGGAGGCACCACUAUGUACCCCGGCCUUCCCUCCAGACUGGAGAGGGAGAUCAAACAGCUGUACCUGGAGAAGGUGCUGCAGGGGGACACUGAGAAACUUUCUAAGUUUAAGAUCCGCAUUGAGGACCCCCCAAGCCGUAAACAUAUGGUGUUUAUGGGUGGAGCGGUGCUGGCCAACAUCAUGAAGGACAAGGAGUCCUUCUGGCUGAGCCGGGCUGACUACCUGGAGAAAGGCCUGAGGGUUCUGGACAAACUGGGGUGUGGCGUGAAGUAGAGGUGAAAUAGAGGUGUUUAGCUAGGGUCACACACACACUCACACACAGACACAGACAGAGAUAAGGUCUGGGGGUGCUGGACAAUCUGGGGUGCAGCAGUAGACAGAAGUCUGGGAGUCCUGGGUUAUAUUCACUAGGCUCCAAAAAACGAUGUGCUAAAAACAACCCUAUUUGGGUUAUUUGGUAACUCAGCGCUGGUUAAAUAGUGGACAGAACACCUAGGGUUAUUUUGACCAACAAGUUGGGAUGUUGGGAUUACCCAAACAUGGGUUCAUUUAGCCAUCAGUUGGGUAUUUUUACUCUCACGCUGGGUUGACCUAGCAGCUGGGUCUUUUUUAAUAUAACCCUUAGGUUCUGUUCAGGAGGCGUGAUGUAUUAGGGGUGUGUCUUUCAGCUAGCUCUUAUUGCUCACCCAUGAGAUUAAAUGUCAUUACUGUUCAUUACAGUUCAUUACAGUAUGUUAAGUCUGUUGUAAGAGAAUAUAAUUUUCAUAUUCGUCACUGUCAACUUUCCAAGUUGUUUCAUACUGUCAAGUUAACAUAUUGUAUUGCAUACAAUACAACAAUUAUACAGUACAAUACACAUGUAAGGUUUCAUAUUUUACCAUUUCAAUUCUCACUGUGUCUAAUGGAAUCAUUUUGAAGUAGCCAUUGUUUCAAAUUCAUAUGCAAAUAAAUAUAACUGACGUUAGCCUAAACGUUAGCCUAAACGAUAGCCUAAACGUUAGCCUAAACGUUAGCCUAAAUGCCAAAUUGAAUAAAGUGAAUGUCAUUGUUUUUGAUGACUGACUAGCAGUGGUGGAAAGUACUUAAAUAAAAAAUACUUUAAAUUA